UGUGCCAAACAACUGGUGUUGCAGGUGUUACGGGUGUGGCCGGAGAAUGUGAUGUUCAUCUGCUGGAAGCCGGCAGCUGUAGACGGAUUUUUUCAUGCUGAAGUGUAUACCGCUAAAGUAUGACAAAGACAGAGUAAAUCUCGACUACGCCAACAUCAACACAGAAGGAGACCUGGUCAACAGGGAGUCGGACACAAGACCAGCAGGAGAGGGGAGACUGAAGAAGUACGAGGGCACAUGCAGCACUGCCUCCCUCUCCCAGGAUGGCUGUCCCCAGUACUGGGAGGUGGAGAACAGGGUCAGUCUGGACAAACCACUCUCAGGGAACAACCUCGUCCUGGAGGUUGGGUUAUGUAGGGAGGAGCAGAGGGACGUGCUUCAAUGGAUAGGUGGACGUCCUCACUCUUACUGUAUGACCGUCGGCGACUGUAUUACACACGGCGGGAUAUGCAGGAGGAUAGGGAAGGAGGGGAAUCGUGUGCUGCAUCUGCCUGACACUCUCCCCAACACAGCAGGGCAUCACACACACUACAUUACGGUGUUGUCUAUGAUGACGCCAGGAAGAAGAUUGUCUUCAUUGAUGUGAAGGAGAAGAAAGUCAUGUCGACGUUAGACAAUGUUGACUGUAGUGAACCACUGUGGCCGAUGUUCGGGGUGUAUAACCCACAUCUCCUCACUGUCAGCAUGAGACUUGUAGUGGGCAGCGACAUCAACAUGACAGAGGAGAAGAAAGCGAUGAUUGUCAAGGCGCUGUCGUGAUGGUGACAGUGAUGGUGAUUUGAACUCACAAACAUUCGAAUUGAAUACUACGAAGGAACACUUCAUAACUUGAUAAUAUCUUCUCUAUGAGGACGUUUACAAUGAUAACGUACAUGGCAUCGCCAUGUAUUUACAUACAACUCUGUCAAAAUUACUAUUUACACAACACAAAGCCAGUAGUAGCUACUAGUGUGUAUAAUUAUGAAAUAUGAAAUGCAUGAUUUCAAAUCAA